AUGAAGGUUCUGCAGGCUGUACUUUUACUGGUUGCCCUUGUUGGCAGCGGGUUGGCAGGACCCAUUUCGAUGAAUAACAACAACAUUGGCGACAUCGUGAAGGUGGACGUGGAAGCCGAAGUGGACAUUAAAAGCGAAAUCAACGUAGAGCUGGUUAAUGUGAUCGCGGAGCUGUUGCUUGAAAUCCGUGAUAUUCACGUCAACACGUGCAGUUCGUCGUCAUCAUCAUCGUCGUCUGAAGGUACCUCCGAGGAGACUUCGGAGGAAACUUCCGAGGAGACCUCAGAGGAAACUUCGGAGGAGACCUCAGAGGAAACUUCGGAGGAAACAUCGGAGGAAGAGUCUAGAGAGGUUAGUACUAUCGGUACCACCGCAGUAACAACGAUAGAGCCCCCAACCGACACAUCGACUCCCAGCUUGGAGACAACGGUCACUGAUUCGGACACCACAACUACCGAAGACGAGGUGACCGAACCUUCUGAGCCUACUGAAGAUCCCGAACCAUUUCAGAGCCUGGCCCGGUCGCUUGCGCAAUCCAAACCGAAAGGCUACAAUGCGCCCGGUCUGACGCAGAAGCAGAAGGAGAAGCUCUGGCGUCAGCAUGUCGAGAAGCUGGUCGAACGGCACAUUACUGCCCGACAAUCCCGCACCGGCGGUAGGGCGUGA